CACAGGCUCCGCCCACCAUCUUUUACAUUGCAGGAGUCCUUCUCCAUUCACAUGUUUGACAUUUCAACUCCUCUACAAGCCAACUUGAUUAUGUUCGUGUGCCCUCUGUGCGCAUGCGCGAUAGGAAAUCUGGAGCUGACGAUUGGCUGGCGCCGGAAGGAGCAGUGUAGGUUGUGUCCUCUGCGUGCAGUGUGUGAGUGAUCGCUGAUAGGAGACAGACAUGGCGGCCAGAAGUGUGAGGGUGCUGGGCCCGAGGCUGGGGGCGCUGCUGAGGAUGCAGAGGUCACCUCUGGGGAGGUGUCCCCGAAUGAUGUGCACGGCGGCUCAGCAGCCCAAUAACCCCUCAGCAGAGGAGGAGAAGAAUAAGAGCCCAGCAGAGGAGAGCACAGAGCAACUGGCUGCAGAGAAGGCUAAACUGGAGGAUCAGAUCAAAGCAAUGACAGACAAGUACAAACGAGCCCUAGCAGACACAGAGAAUUUACGGCUCCGGAGUCAAAAGCUGGUGGAUGAUGCAAAGCUCUAUGGUAUUCAGGGUUUCUGCAAGGACCUGCUUGAAGUAGCAGAUAUAUUGGAAAAGGCAACCCAGAGUGUCCCCAAGGAGGAAAUCAAGGCUGACAACCCCCAUUUGAAGAACCUCUAUGAGGGCCUGGUCAUGACUGAAGGUCAGAUGCACAAAGUUCUCAAAAAGCACGGCGUUCAGAAACUGGAUCCUUUGGGUGCCAAGUUCAAUCCCUACGAACAUGAAGCCUUAUUCCAUACUCCCAUGGAAGGGAAGGAGCCCGGUACUGUAGCUUUAGUCACUAAAGUGGGCUACAAGCUCCAUGAACGUACCUUACGGCCUGCGUUGGUGGGAGUUGUUAAAGGAACUUAAUAUUUGUUGUAAAGUUUAUUAAAUGGCCGCAUAUGGCCUUUCAUUCCAGGAAACUUCAAUUUUUAAUAAAAAAGCCAUUUAACUUUUGGCUUGUUACACGUCACCCAAAGAAGAGAUUAGAAUUGGACUACGGAAUGUCACGGAGACUUUCAUUCCAGUGUUGUAUAAGGAAGAGACAUGGUGAUGAACUUUAUAAUUGUCCUAAAUGUACAACAUGAUUGCUAUGUUGUGUAGUGUUUAUGCUGCAGAGUUACCAGCUGAGGUUUCCUUCACAGCAUGUGUUGUUGGGAUAUAUUACCCUGAAUAAACCAUUUAUUUUUUUUCACAAA